CCAUUUUAAUUUAUGCCCUUUAUAGUAAUUUUAAUUGAGGCUAUAAUUGUCAUUAAAAAAAAUAUCAAUAGGCGGGGGUCCUUAUUUCUUCUCUUAUAUGGAUAUAUGUGUCCUCAUAUGAAGGUUAUUCAAAAUUUCAUUUUUUCCUCUAUGUUGAGAUUAUACUUUCCAUUUUCCUUUUUCGGUUGACACAAAACUCAUACUUUCCAUUUAAGAGUUCUGUUAUAACAACACUUUAGAAGGUAUCAAACUCAUGGACGUGAUUCAGAUUCUUUGGAACACUAAUUGUUCUUGUCUUUUCAGCAGGGGCCCUCCUGGUGAUCUUUAUGUCUACCUUGAUAUUGAGGAGAUUCCAGAGAUCCAAAGAGAUGGCAUAAAUCUAUGUUCAUCUGUUUCAAUUAGUUAUCUAGAUGCCAUAUUGGGCACUACUGUUAAGGUUAAGACAGUUGAAGGAACUACUGAUCUACAGAUUCCUUCGGGUACCCAACCUGGAGAUGUGCUUGUACUGGCAAAGAAAGGAGCACCAAAGUUAAACAGACCAUCAAUACGUGGUGAUCACUUAUUCACAAUUAAAGUUGCCAUACCCAAUCGUAUUAGGUAAGCUGCUGUUCUAGUUUUAAUCGAUCAAAUUAU